GGCGGCCGCAGCCCCGCACGGCCCCGCACGGCCCCGCACGGCCCCGCCGAGACACAUCCCGGCCCCCCCAGCCCGGCGGAGGAGAGGCGUGAGGGCUCGCCAUGCCGCUGGUGAAGAGGAACAUCGAGCCCCGGCACCUGUGCCGGGGGGCCCUUCCCGACGGGGUGACGAGUGAGCUGGAGUGUGUCACCAACAGCACGCUGGCUGCCAUCAUCAAGCAGCUGGGCAGCCUCAGCAGGCAUGCAGAGGACAUCUUCGGAGAGCUGUUCAACGAAGCCAACAGCUUCUACAUGAGGAUGAACUCGCUGCAGGAGAGGGUGGACCUGCUGGUCAUCAAGGUGACGCAGCUGGACUCCACCGUGGAGGAAGUUUCGCUGCAGGACAUCAACAUGAGGAAAGCCUUCAAGAGCUCCACGGUGCAGAACCAGCAGGUCGUGUCCCGCAACUCCAUCCCCAACCCGGUAAUGGAGAUGUACCAGCGCUGUGACAAACCCCCGCCCCUCAACAUCCUCACGCCCUACAGGGAUGACAAGAAGGAUGGCCUCAAAUUCUACACCGACCCCUCCUACUUCUUCAACUUAUGGAAGGAGAAGAUGCUGCAGGCGACAGAAGACAAGAGGAAGGAGAAGCGCAGGCAGAAGGAGCAGCGGCUGGUGGAGGACUCCACCCGGGAGGUGAAGAAAGUGAGGAAAGCCCGCAACCGGCGCCUGGAGUGGAACAUGAUGGCGUAUGAUAAAGAGUUCCGGCCGGAUAACAGGUUCUCACCAUCCCCCUAUCACAUGGCAUCAUCGGAAGGAUCACUGUCCCCAGAUAAUAGGUCCUACGCGUCGGACGCUGCCGACCACUCGUACCCGGCCAGCCCCAACCACCCCGCGCAGCUGCUGGCCCCGGCGGCCCACCUGGCCCCGGCGGAGCACAAGGAGGGGCUGGCGGCCACCAACCCCCCGGAGCACGUGUUCCGGCCGGCCGCGGGCAGCCGGCAGAACAGCCUGACCCGCCUGCAGCAGCCCCACGCACCGCCGCCCCCCGAGGCCGUCCUCAACGGGCCCAGACCCCACCUCGUCAAGGAUUACGGCCCGCAGCCGGUGCCCAUGGCCGAGUACUUCGUGCCGCCGGCCCCGCCGCCGCCGCCGCCCGUCAUCCCUUCGGCACAGACCGCCUUCGACAGCCCCAUCUCGGCUCCCCCCGCGCUGGCCCCCGGCUCGGCCGCAGCCCCGUCCUACGCCCCGUCACCGCCCCCCGCGCCCCCCGGCCCCUACUCCGCCUCCCCGCCGCAGAGCGGCCCCAUGGGACCCCCGGUGGCCCCACCGCCACCGCCGCCCGGGCCCCCGGCCGUGUCCGCCUCGCCGGCGCACUCCGCCUCGCCGCCCGCCCCCGCCGCGGAGCCGCGCAAGCCGCAGAUCCCGCUGAUGCCCAUGAGCGACGCCCGGAGCGACCUGCUGGCAGCCAUCCGCAGGGGAAUCCAACUCCGGAAGGUCCAGGAGCAGUGGGAACAAGAGGCCAAAAAAGAGCCCGUGGGCAAUGACGUGGCGACGAUCCUGUCGCGCCGGAUCGCGGUGGAGUACAGCGAGUCCGACGACGACUCCGAGCUGGACGAUAACGAAUGGUCGGACUGAGGGCCCCGGGCUGGGCGGGCUCAGAGCUCCCGGCUCUGUUCCAGGUGUGUAUAGGCACCUUCCCCAACGUCGCUGCCGGCGGGCGCGGGGCCCGCUCGGGCAGGAGCUUUGCUUUUACACUAUGUCAAAAACCCUUCGGGCAGCAGCAGCAGCAGCACUGGUAGGAUACACCUCGGAGGCAGUGAGACCAGAAGUUAGCAGCACCUUCACAGUUAAUGACUUCCAAAAUUCUCUGAAGGCAGGUUAAUAGGAUUACUCCAGAUUUACACCUGGAGCAAGACCAGAGACUGGCCCUGAGCGUGCUUUGUGAGAGAAGGGAGCCCCAGAGGCAGCAGUGCUUUUCCAGCUAAAUGUUAAUUGUGAUAACUCCUGGAGAAGCUCCUGCAGAAGAAGCCUUGUUUGCACAGCUGGUGCCACCACAGGAGCUCAGGGGUGGGCUUGGGGACACUUUGCUGCUGGUGGUUUGGGGUCAGGCAGCUUCAAAGGCUGCGUGUGGGCAGGAGCCUCCUUCCCUACCGAGCAAUGCACCACGUUUGGUAGCGGUUAGACCCCAGUGUUGUUGUUCCCUGGAAAAUCAUGGAAUGCUUUGGGUUGGAAGGCACCUUUAAAGCCCAUCUAGAAUUGGGGCACCCUCCACUAGACCAGGUUGCAUGAGCAGCCCGAGGUGUUGGUGACUUUAGCCUGUAUCCACCCUCAGAGCUGGUUUUCUAGGAGCAAAGGGGGAAGGCAAGGCUGGUGUGGCUGGCAGGGAGACACAGCCUUGUCUGGGCUUGUCCUGCCUUUUCCAGCAAAGGAGUAGAGGUGUCCAGGGAGCUUUCCUAAGCCCAGCUCUCCUUGGCCUUAGCAUGACACCAUUUCAGUGUUAUUUGGGGAAAAGUGAAUCAGACAAUCUGCUGCUUCCAGGUAAACUCUCAGCUUGCACUUUGCAGCCCCACAAACUGUGCCUGUACAAUUGAGAUCAGCUCGGACCCAGGCACUGAUUCCCCUACCUGAUCCUGCUCCGUCCCCUGUCCCACAUUUGGGCACUGAUGGAGGCCCUGUUUCAGCAUGAAAAUUCCUGUGUUCCCAUCAAAACAGAGCGUGACCCAUGGAAAACUUUUCACAGAGCUACAAAGGGAGCAGGCACAGAGGAAGGCAGAGCAAAGGGGUGGGAAAUACUGGAAAUAUCACAGGUGUGAAAACCUGCAGAGAGCUGGGAGAGGUUCCCCACCUGUGGAAAACAGACCAGGACCAGCUGUGGAUUGGCCAGUGUGAUGUCCCCAGACCCUCUCUUGUGUUCCUCUAUACCACAAGUCCCUGAACAGGGAAAGUCUGAGCUCUGUGCCCAGUUCCCUGCCUCUCCCAAUAGCCCUGCAGGUGAUGGCUACUUCAGCAGUAUUUUGACUGUGUAGAAGCAGCCAGACCUGUAAAAGAGGUGGGAGGAUAUGGCUGAGACCCAAAUGCUGAUGCUUAAAUUCACAAAAUCCUAGAAUGGGAUAAAAGGGACCUUAAAGACAUCUCAUUCCAACCCCCUGCCAAGGGCACCUUCCACUAGACCAGGUUGCUGAUUUUCUGGGGAAUGCUGGUGUUGAGCAAUGUCCCAAACAUCUGCUCAUUUGCCCCCAGUGACAAACCCCUCAUGGCCAGAUGUGGUGAAUCCUCUGCCCAGCUGCUGGGAAAUGCCACCAGGAGCUCUCCCUUCUCUAGAGUGGCACAAAAUGGUCUCUUGUCCCUUGGAUGUGACACCUUCCACAGCUCCACACCCAGGCUGGGAGCUGUGCUGCUAAGUGGGCUUGAGUAGGGUGCAGAAGGGAUUUGGGAUGUGGGAGAGGGCAAGGCAAGAAGCAGCAGGAUACAGGGAAUAACUCAUCUGCACAACCCAAGGAGCAGGAGUGACCAGAGGGGCAGGGAGACACCGUACCCUGCAGGUGGCCAGGAAAUUCCUGGUGCACACUGAGAGCUCUUGAUUCUCAUGUUGACCCUCUGAAAUGCAGGGAAAUGGCUGCAGGAGCUUUUUACAGAGUCCCUGCAAUGCCCAGGACCUUCUUUCCUUGGGAAGGCAGUUGGGGUUUGGCUGGAGCAGGUUCAGAAGGAAACUGUAAAAAUUCAGGGCAACAUUUAAGGUGGUGUUUCUGGUGGAGCAUUAUUAACAUAGAUACAAUCACAAAACUAUGUGUAAGCCAAAGAGAAAUUUGGUUUAUUUGGGUAAUUUAGGAAGAGUAAUUACCCUUUGUGUGAGAGAGAAAACAGCAGGGGCUGGUGGAGCUGCUCUUAUCUGUUCCAGAGGUGGAGGGGCUGCAGAGUGGCUGUGGGGACCCAGCAGAGCUGGGGAGCCCCACUGGCCCUGGGAAGGGGCUCAGGGACACACAGGACUGGCUCAUGCCUUGGCUUUGUCACUGUCCCAGUUCUGCAGAGCUGAGCCAGUCCUGGUGGGAGCUGGAGAGCAGCCCAGUGCCCCUAAGAGACCAAGUCCCUUCUUUUCAUGCACCAGUUGCUCUGUGUGUGUCACAUGGCACCGUGGUAACUGGGGCAGGACUCCGUGGGUGUGUGGCAGGUCGGGGCUGUCCCUGGGGCCUCCCAUGGCCCUGUCACCUCACAGCACCUGUGCUGGGGCUGGCAGCUGUUGGCAUUGGUGCCGUGGCAUGGCGAAGUGCCAUAGGAAGGUUGGAAGGGACCCUAAAGGUCAUUUAGGUCACUCGGGCCACAUCUGCAGAGCAGAUGCACAGCUGGCAGCCCCAGGGGGGCAGGAAAGGCUCACCCCCAUGUCCCCACACCUUUAUGUUCUUAUACCACGCCCCCAUCGGGCAUCCCAGCAGCUCCAGCACAUCCUCACCUGUCCUGUUCUGCUGAAGGAAAUCCCCUGAUAACGCAAACCCAGUUCACAACUGCCAAGGCAGGCAGCAGCACCACAACCUGCCAGCACUGCCAGCUGGUUGGACACAUCACCAUCCUCCUCUUCAGGAACCACAACUGCUAUGGCAACCCUUAAGCUGUCUUGGUAGCAGGGCUGGAAUCCCCCAUCCUCAUCCCAGAGAGGUGUCUCGUGGAGCUGGUGGAGAAGUGACCUCAGGGUGGGUUUGGACACCCAUUCCUGGUCUGACCACGGCACACCCAGCUCUUCCCAACCCUCCCAACAGCACCACAGGGCAGGCAAGCACCAGGAAUCAUUCAGGUGGGAAAAGACCUCCAGGAUGUCCAAGCUGGAGCAUUAAUGCCCCAGUCCCAUGAGAGCCAUUCCAUCCUCAGUGCCUUCCCUUGAGGGACUCAGCCACGCUUCACCACCUUUAUUUGAGGCAGAUUCACCUGGUUUCUGCUCAGGCGACCUUUGCAAUCCACCAGAAGUGACACCAAUUCCUUGGCUGCCCGGGGCUGGUGCUGCUGGGAUUGUGCCACACUAAUUAACACUGUCUGUCUGCCCCACAUGCUGCACACUCAGUGUUUUGUACAUAUUCUCCCCAAAGUAGGCCAUGCUGAGUUACACAACCUGAAAUGCUCAAAUCCUCAUGUGGCUGAUAUAAAAGUGAAUAUUUAAGUAUUUUAUCUAGCUUGGCAGACAUUAAAAAAUACAAUCCAGGUCACAGAUGAUUGAAUUUCUCCUCUCUCAAGAGUGCCAGAAUUGGGCUGAGGAGAUUCUCCUGUGCAUUAAGGUAUCGUGUUCCCUGCUAAAAUAUAGCAGUGGCAUUUCAUUGCCAAAGGAUAAUCACAGAGUGCCAAACAUUUAAUGAGUCCAACUGAUCUCCUGAGAGCUCUUCUUCCCAUUUUAUCUGCUUCCCCCUACUUGCCAAUUUAUGGGCAUAGAUUAAAAAUAAUAAAUAUGGCUAUCAACAGCAGGGGUGAAAGAUCCUGUGUCCAUACAAAUAGGUUGGGCUAGAGUCAGUGGAACAGUAAAUGAGUAAAUUUUGGUUCUGCUUGGAGAUAUUAAUGGAAGGCUGUCAUCUUGAGGUCCAUCAGGAACCUCUUGGACAUCCCAAGUGCAUCUGAAAAGGGACUUUACAGGGAGCACUGUGCCCAUGGUGCACCUGUGAAGCUACACCAGGUGUGAAGGCUGGUCCUGCUCAGGUUGCUGGGGGUUGGUGGAAGUCCUGCAGUGUUCACUCCUGGAAUUGCACUCCGUGUCUCCCUGAUUUGGAGUGACCACUGGAGCUGGCUGGUGGUGCUGGUGGCUCUUAAAGGAUCAGUGUCCUGCAGGAAGAAUGGAUUGGGCAGUUUCUGGUUUCUAAUUUCCCACCUGAGGACGAGACCUAGAGAGGAGCAAUCACCCAUCCCACACGGGCUCCUGCCUUUGCAGCUGUUUCAUCUUGGGAAGGUUUUACUUACUCCAGUGACAAACUUCAGGCUGAACUUGGCUUCUUCAGAGAGCUCUUUCCACAGAAGAGCCUCAAAUUUCCUCCCAGCAACUUUUCCAUCUCUCUCUCCCUUCCCAGACACCCAACAGCCUGAACAGAAGCUUUGCAGAUUCCACUGAGCCUGAAUUAACACCCCAGCUUUAAUGACAAUUGGGAGUUUUGCUUGGAGGGAGGCAGGUGGUAGCACUGGAGGUGGCAUUUUGGAGGGUGCAUUCCAGAGGUCCCCAGCUGGCAGGAACUCGGUGCCACUUCCUUGUGGAUGGAGCAGGGAUGGCCAUGGGAAGCACUCCCCAUGGGGGGUGCUGGCAAGGGGAGCACAGGCUGUUCCUUUCACCAAUAUUCCUGUUUUUCCUGUAGCAGUAGUUAUUUAGGGGUAAGGUUUUUUCAGCUGGAAUGUCACUUUACAGAUUUUUUUUUUUUUAAUGAAAUAAAAAUAAGGGCAAGGAGUCUGUCCUGAGGAGUUUACAGUCUACAGCAAAGACCAUGUAACCUGCACUGCACUUUAGAAGCCUCAAAUGCUCACUCACCCAUAAAUUUCCCCUCGCCUGGGCAGCAGCACCUUGAGGGCUGUUGUCCCUUCCUUAGGUGACCCCUGAGCAGCACCACAGCCAUGUCCCCCGCUGGUGACAGCACCGGGGCUCUCCUGCCCCCCACUCCCCCACGCAGAAGUGCCUGAGCAAAGCCCAGGAGAGCCAAGCCACGCUGGGUUUGUCCCUGAACGGGUCCCUGUGCCCCGGGGGGGGGGGGGGGGGUCUUUCCCUGCCCCCACACAGCUGUGCUCUCUGGGAUGACCAUGGCAGGGGUGGGAAUGGUGCCUGGGAGCACCACGGACUGACCCCCAGGGCUGUCACCAAUCCAUGAGACAGCCUCUGGAAAACCUCCUCUUCCAGACACUUGUAACCCAAACCCAUACUCUGAAGCUGUUCAAUGUUUUUGAGAAUCAAAGGGACGGGGGGGUUUGUGUGAAUCUGAUUUUUCUUGGACAAACCCCAGGGUUUUUAGGCUCACUCUUUCCAAGCUCCACCUUCUCUAGGUGAAAAAUGUGCCUGUAUUUUGCUGGUGGAGUGAAUAAAAAAACCAAACCCAACCCCAGAGUUAAGAACUUCAGGGAGGAAGCGUUUGCCCCAAAACCUUCAGAGCUGUGCCCACAGGCAGGGUGGGACAAUAGGAUGUCCCCAAGGGAGGACACCACCCUGGUAGUGUCACCAGAGCCUGCUGCAAGGGUUGGGUUCUUGCUGAGGGAAACCCCCAGGCAGGAGCUGCAUGGAGAAUGUCCCCUGGAGGCAGAUUGAUGUGACAUUACCCAAACUGGUGUCUGAAUUACAGACUGACAGGACCCUGAGGCCACCACAGCAUCACUGACGCUUCACCCUCCCAGCAGGGAUCUUCCCAGGGGCGCCUCCAACCUCUCACUCCUCCCAGGAGCAGGAUUAAAGCUCUUGCUGGUUGUUGUGAGCCCCAGUGGGUGUGAAAGGAGCCUUUCCCUGCACACUGGUAAUGCCAGGGGACUGGGCUGGCCCCGGGGGGGUUUCAGCUCAGUGAUAAUUCCAGCACUCAGUUCUGUGUAAGGUUAAGAGUGCAGGGAGGAGAAAAUAAGGCAGAAAGGAGCCGGCCCAGCAUUUUAGGUUGGUUAUGCUCACAUCAGCCUGCACAGGGGAAACCUCAGCCAGGUCAAACCCUGUGCAAAGCCACAAAGGGCAGUGAGGGGAAUAAAUCUGUUCUGCAGGUCAGUGUGGGACUGAGCUGUGGCAGGAAGGAGCUAAGUCAAGUCUCAGGGAAACCUUUCUGGAGGUGAGGAUGGAGAAACUCAGGUCACAGAAGCUCUGCCAUAGCUUUGAGAAGCCAGAGAGAAGCCCUGACCUUGUGUGCAGCCAGGGAUGGUGGAGGUGCCCACAGGGCCUUUCUGGCACGUUUGUAAUUCUCCUUCAUCCCCGCCCCCGUGGGGGUCUGUCCAGGUGGGUUACAGCCCCAAAGCAUCCCCCUGAAGCCAGGGCAGCUGCUUUUGCUCACCCUUGGUUUUGGUGUUGACCCUUAAAUAGAAUAAAGAUAAAAUGUGCUGCAGAACAAGCACCUGAGAGGGAAGGAUGUGAACUCACAGCAUUUCAAUAGUUAAAAUGCAGCAGCUCCUCUGAACCAUUCAUGAUUCACAGACUGUAGUGAAUAAACCAUUAAGGUGGACAAUUCAACAUUUACCCUUUGAUUUGGAGUAGCUCAGUUGAGAAAUCUAAAAAUAAAAUGUAAAAAAAAAAAAUCUAAAAAUAAGCAAACAAACAAACAAAAAACAACCCCAAAAACCCAACCCACCCACAAAACGAAAAAGCAAACAAACAGCUCACACGUGAUUUCCAGAAGGAUAAACUGUUCCCUUUUCUUCCCUCAGACCUAGAGGGAAGGUCAGACACAGCAACACUCCCCAGUCAGUCAGCGACAGAAUGAAGCAGGUACCACCAGAACCACUUCCAAAAAUCCCAGGAAACUGGUGUUUAAGGAAAAGCAAUAAUCACAUCACCCCCAGUGCAGCAAGGAGAGGGCUUCCUGCCACUGUAGGAGGUGCUUUUGUCCCUCGAGGCCCCUCCCCAGCUCAAGUGUUUCAAAUCCCAUUGAUUUCACCUCUCAGUGGUGCUGGUGCAAUCCUGGUGCCUCAGCUGGGAUUGCUGACUCCAUGGAAAAUCGCUUCUUGCCAUGCAAAAACCACAAAAGUCUUGUGUUAAAAAGGGAGAGGACAAAGCCAGGGGCAGUCCUGUGAUGCCCGUGGAGAGCUGAUGAUGAUUUCCUCCUGGCAGCAGGAACAGCUUUGGCAGAGCCCUGCCAGGUCUCCAAAAAUCACAGUCAUGAGCAUCAACACCCCCCUCACUGCUCCCCCUCCAAAUUUAGUUUUACACUGAGAUGUUUCAGCUCUAGCUGUGGUUCUGGCCAGUUUUCCACAAAUGGGGCUGCUCUUUCUGGUGUUUUUUGUCUCGGGUAAGAAUAGGUCAGGUAAAAAAAAGCAAAUCAUAGAAUCCCAGAAUUAUUUGGAUUUCCAGUCUGGUUUCCACCCCCUGCCAUGGGCAGGGGCACCUUCCAUGAGACCAAGUCCCACCCAACCUGCUCAAAUCCCCACAAACUUAAAAAAUCUUUUUCUUCAAAAUGCAUUUUCAGGGCCUUGUGGGGCUGAUGGCUCCUCACCUGAACAGACUUCCUUAAUUUUGGGGCUGCCUGAUUUGUUGGGGGUGUCUGAAGCAGGGUGUGAGUUUGGGGUGAUGCUGAGCUGUGCUGGCACCUUCCUCCCCUCUGCCUUCAGCUGUGCCCUGUCACACAGAGGGCUUGGGUCUAGAAUUCCUGCUGGGAGCACCACGGGGCCAGGGCAGCUCCCAAUGACACAAGUGCCUUUCCUGGAGGUCCCUCUGGCCCUGCCAGGGAGCCUCCUGGGGUGGGUGGUGUCGCUGUGCUGGCAAGGGGCAGAGUUCACCUGGGCUGGAAACCUGGAGCUGCCCAGAGCCCAGGGGAUCCUCUGGGGUCUCUCCUUCCACAGGAGUGUCCCAGGGAGCAGUGUUCACUCCAGUCUUGGCCAACCCCAGGAAACCUGCUGCAGCAAUCUGGAGGCAUGGGAACAUCCCCAGAGGACGUGGGAGGUGUGGGAAGGGGACAAACCCUGUCACCACUUUGCUGUGGGACAUGCAUGUGCUGUGGGUUGCUGCUGUCAUGGGGAAGUGUUCAGGAGAGCCUUCCUCCUCCUCCUCCUCAUGCUGUCCCAGCCUGGGGCUGCUGGGACAAUGCCAGCUGCUGCAGCAGGACAGGAGCCAUCUCCUUCCAGCUUCCAUCCUCUUUGGAGCCAGCAGGAGCACUGACACCUCUGGGUGAGGCCAGGUGCUGUAGGAGAGUUAUUUUGGAGGGAAUUGAAGGCAGGUGAGGAUCAUCUUCUGUGUCCUGCAGAUCAAGGCACCUCAGACCCCCAAACCCCUCUGCACCGCCCAAACUCUGAGCUCAGGAGACCUCCUGGAGCACUGGGGCACCCAUCCUCCCGGAACAGAGCAUCCACGAGCAGCCAGCUCCAGAUGGGCCUUUCAAAAGCACUUUUCUCUCCCUUUGGCACCAACUGACCACACACAGAGCCCAGAGCCAGGUCUUGGGCUGCUCUUUGUGGAGGUUGGCCCCAGCCCUGCAGGGGUGGCACAGAGGGGACAGGGACACCUUGGCAUCCCAACGCUCCUGCAAAAGGCUCAUUUUUUUAAUCACAGCAGAAGAAUUACUCUAUCUCCUUAGAUUUGCCACCUGGUAGAAGGAGCUGAUGCAAGAUAGGCACCUUCCCAAGGGAGGGUGACCCAUUCCAGGCCAUGAGAGGUUCCCAUUGUUACAAAGCUGAGUUGAGGAAGGAGAUGUUUGCUGUCUGGUGGGGUCUUUAACCAUGUGCACUUAGUCAGUAGGUGAGUAGAUGUUGCUGCCCGUAUCUAUCUCCCCUACCCAGUUGCUACGUGUGAACAAGUGUAUUUCUCCCCAGUGUUGUGGGUUCUGCCUGUGGUGACACGAGGAUGGAAAGGUAGGGACGACCUCGAGUUCCUUCUGUACAGGGUAGAGAGGAAACCUGGAUUGGUCCGAGGCACCACUUGUAACUACAUUUGUUCAAGAAAUGUCAUCUUAACCCCAACUGUUGACACUUUAUGCAUGUGCUAAUUAAAUUUAAAAGAAAAAAAAAGGAAAAAAAAAAAGGAAAAAAAUUAAUAAAGAUUUUAAGAGGUUA